AGAUAUACAAAUAUUACUUUUUUAGAAGUUUGAUACAGUUUAAUUUGUCGCGAUUGUAGGUAUAACAGUGUAACUGUUGGUAUAAUGGGGCGCAAAUGUAAUGUAAAAGGAUGCCCGUCUGCUUCAAAUCGUUCCAAAGAUGAAGGAGUAACAUUUCAUAAGAUUCCUCCUCAUAUGGAUGUUAGACCAAAGUGGUUGUCUUUGUGUAGAAUACCUGAAGAUAAAAAGAAUAUAAAAAUACUCUAUGUAUGUUCCAGACAUUUUCUACGAGCUGAUUUUUGUAAUUUUAAAGGUAAAAAGUAUAUGCUUAAACAUGGAGUAUUGCCUAGUGUCUUUCCAUGGGAUAAAUCUAAGUUGGAAGCUAUUAAGGCAGUAGUUAAAAAUGAAAAGGUAGUUAAAAAGGAAAAAACAUCAGAAAUUAAGGAGAAACCUUCCUCCAGUAUUAAACCUGAACAAGAUGCUUUACUAGAUAAUAGGAUUCAAGAAGACAAAUCUGAUAUUAGCCAAGAGAGUGACAUAAGUGAAAAUAAAAUGAUGGACGAAAGUAUUGCAGUAAUAUCAAAACAGGGACAUAUAAAAUCUGAUACACAAUCGCCAUCAUCUACUCCAGCAACUUUAAACUUUGCAAUAAAUUCAAAUGUUGAAGCUCUAGAUUUUAAUAAUGAAUGGUAUCCAGCCAAAAUAAUAGAGACAGAUGAAGAAGAAAAGGAGGUUCUAAUUCAUUUUAUUGAUUUUCCUAGUAAACAUGAUGAGUGGAUUUCCAUGAAUAGUUCUAGAUUAAGACCUGCACAAAACAUAGACUUGAGUUUUACUACAAAUCCUCUUCCAAGCUUGGAAUCAGAUAUCAACAAAUCUUCAAUUGUAAAUACAUCUCCAGUUGUAAGUUCAAUAUCAGGUGAAGUUGAAACUUCUGUUUUAACCCCAGCUUCAGUGAUAAGUACAAUUGAAAAUGUCAGUACCUUACCUUCUACACCUACAGCUUCAGACACUGCUUCCACUGUUGGAAAUGAAACAAUUAUGAAGAAAGAAGUUGAAGUGGAAACCUACAUUAUAGGAGAGAGAUGCCUUGCUGCUUGGAGUGACUGUAGAAAAUUCCCAGCUACAGUUUCUAAAGUACUGGAAAAGGAUACUUAUGAGGUGAUCUUUGACGAUGGUUUUCCAAAAGUUUUAAAAGCCCACCGUAUGGCAAAGGCUCUCGGCAGACACCUUCAAUCUAGUCCCCUUUUUGAACCUAUAACAACUACAAAACAGGAUAGAAGGACAAAGAAACGGAAGUUAAAUGUGGCAGCUCUAUUCAAGAAAAGACGAAGGAUUGCUAGUUCAGAGGAUAAACAGAAGAGGAGUUCAGCUGCUAGUUUACCUCUCUCAGAAGAAGCUCAGGAAGCACUAAUGAGUUUACCAGCGAGAGAGCUGACUGCCGAGGAAAUUGAAAACUGGAAACCAAGUCCCGAGAAUAAGAAAUUCAGAUCAAAAACAGAAAUAGUAAAAUAUUUGGAAGAACAUCCUACUGAAGGUGUCAAUCAAAAUCUGUUUGACUUUUCCUUGGUGUUACGAAGAAAACGGAAAAAUCCUCUUUUGUCGUCUCCAUUAAAACCUGCAUCAAAAUCUCCAGAGAAAGAACCCAAAGAACCAACACCCGUUCCAAUACCAAAAGAACCCGAACCAGAACCACCAGAAGAGCCUGUUAAAGAAGAAAGUAACGCCAAUUGUUUAAAGAUCCUUUUCGAAGACAGCGCUUAUAAAUGCCCAAUAGAAGGGUGUGGCAAGAAUUUCAGACGAGAAAAUUUGGCGCAAAUGCACGUCAAACAUUACCAUCCGGAAUAUACCAAAUUUCUGGAUUCGACUCCUAAUGUUGCCGACUUGGCCUACGCUCGUACUGUCGGUGAAAAUCUCGACAGGUCUCCAGGACCUCAAAAACCACCACUAAAACCAGCUAUCAAAAUUUCAACCCCGAAAUCAUCUAAACAAAUGGCUUUUGGAGUAGAAGAAAUACCAGAAGUUAAACCUCUGGUAAAACCGAAAUUAUCGCCAAUUUCGAAAACCAAAGACCAAGAAAUCAUCAAGUUACUCAACACCAAGCCUCAUAGUCAAUCUGAGCCGGAUUUGCCGCUUAAACAGGGGCCCGAAUCUCCCACCGUUCCUCACUUCGAGCCGAGAUUGAGAGAUCUGUUGACUAAAUCCGAAACUAUUUCUAUCAAAGAAGAACCUAUUUUCAGACCGUUGCAGAAAAGUAAGCCUGGUAUUAAGACUUUACUACCUGUCCAUAGGCCACCACCUGAAUCAACGAUUGUUGAACAGCCACCUGAGGAGUACAGGCCGCCGGUGAAACGUAAAAGCGUUUACCCAGACAGCCUAGAGGUCGUUAAAGGUAUAGAUCAAACUACAGAUCUGACAUCUUUCCCUAGUAUAUUGCCUAUUACUGCUUCUUCGCCUACCGUUAGUAUCACAACGCCAUCUUUAUCUUUGCCGCCUAAAAUUUCUUCACAAGCAGUUUCUUCUCCUGUAGCUCCUACCAUUCUCACUCCACCCAUCCAACCUCCUACUCCUUCUAAUGAUAUUAUAAUUGAAGGCGGUGAAGUGAUUAAGAUCGUCAGAAUGAAGCAAGAAGAGAUCAUCAACUGCACCUGCGGUUUAGUCGAAGAAGACGGUCUUAUGAUCCAGUGCGAGCUCUGUCUUUGUUGGCAGCACGCUUAUUGCAAUAACAUCGAAAGAGAAAGUCAAGUUCCAGAAAAAUACGUGUGCUAUAUCUGUCAGAAUCCUCUUCGGGAACGACUUUCCAGGAAGUACUACCACGAUCAAGAUUGGUUGACGAAAGGGGUGCUUCCAACAGGCAGUUACCAUGCCAGAGAUGAAGAAGCUUUACACAGAAGGUUUGAAAAAUUGAAAAAGUGCCAUGAUUUGUCAGGAGCUCUGAUAGAGUUAGGCCAGUACCAUAACACCUUAAAGAUUAAGAUGAAAAUAGCAGAAACCAAAAAUCACCCCAAACACUACUUAUGGUCUAAACCAUGGCCCAAAGCUCAUUUGCCAGAAAAAUAUAAGUCCGAGUUGCAAGACAUCAAGCCCAAGAUAGAAAAUGACGAUCCGGAGUUUUUGAAAAACGAUUUCGACGAGGAAAAAGAUGCUCAGAACGAAAACUCAAUGCUGAUGAUGAUUCUGAAAGCAGGAAAAAACGUAAUGCCAAAAAUCGACCUAAACACUCUUAUGGAUAACUCUCCUAUCAUUCCACAACCCGAAGCUGUUACGGACGCUGCCGAUUGUCGCUUGAAUCUUUUGGAACAUUUAGUUCAUCAAUGUUCCCAGGUGGAAGAGAGGCUAGACGAUUUCGAAAAACAGAUAGAGUUGUUGGAGGAAGGAAUGACCGUUGAAGAAGAUCCGAAUUGUCCCAGAACGAGAAACACCAUGCAAAUGUUAAUCAGAGAUUUAGAAACCCUAAAAGAAUUUAGUCAAAGUUCUGCAAUAUAGUUUUUUUAGAGUAUUCUAUGUUAUAUUCUAGAGUAUUAUAUUCUUGUAUACCAGUUUGAAUAAUUUUGUUGUUACGAAAAUUGAUUUUUGUCAUUUUAGGUUACUAGAUGUUACACUUACGUUUUGUGAUAUAUUGAAAUAAAAUUUUUAAUACAU